AUGGAGAAGCCAAUUGAUAAGAAGAUUACUUGGGUGAUCAAAAAUUUAUCCUCUUUGCAAUCGGAGAAAGUAUAUUCUGAUGAAUUUGUGGUUGGUGGCUGCAGAUGGCGUCUUCUAGCCUUUCCCAAGGGACUUAAUAAACCUUACCACUUCUCUCUGUAUCUAACCGUUGCUGAUUCUGAAUGUUUGUCUCUUGGAUGGAGAAGACACGCCAAAUUUUCCCUUACAGUAGUAAAUCAGUUUUCAGAGAAACUGUCGGAAGUUAAAGUAACGCAACACUGGUUUGAUCACAAGGCUGUUGACUGGGGAUUUUCAGAAAUGAUUAGACUCACCAAACUUAAAGCCAGAGAGGGAUUUAUGGUGAAUGGAGAAGUCGUAGUUACAGUAAAGGUUGAGGUUCUUCAAGUUGAAGGUAGAGUAGAUGUAUCAGAGGAACCUUCUCCAGUAGUUGAAACCGCAGAUGUCAAUGGGUUUCAAGUUCUUACUUCACAGGUAGACUCUGUGAACCGUUUGUUUGAAAAGCACCAAGAUAUUGCUACAAAAUUUCGUCCAAAGAAUCCAUAUUUGAAGACGGCGUACAUGAAUGCCCUCCUAAGCUUAACCCAGUCGCUGUGUCAAUCCCCUAAGGAGACCUCUAAGGAUGAUCUUGCAGAGAAAUAUUCUGUUCUUGCAUACUUGAAAGAAGCGGGGUUCGAGUUGGGUUGGUUGGAGAAGAAACUUGAUGAGAUCAAGGAAAAGAAGGAGAAAGAAGAAGCUUGUUUGGCACGUCUUCAAGAAAUGGAGGAACAACUUAAGCCACUGAAGCGGAAGUACUCAGACUUGGAAGCUGAGAUGGAUAAGGAGAAGGCAGCGUUGCUGGCAGCUAGAGCUUCUCUCUCCUUGUAUGAUGAUGAUGUCUCUGAAGAUUUAAGUUCUUAG